GCCGAGUUACACAGUUUGUUCACACCAAAUAAUAGUGUAACAAUUUCAGUGCUCGCCAGUAUGAUGGCGUCCUCUGCCGAGGAGGAUGACCAUCAUGCAGAAGAACCACCAAGAACCGAUCUCUGGCAGCAAACACUUCAGGCGGCUGUAGCGGCGAGUACCCAAUCAGAAGCGACGAAAAAACGUCAGCAACAACGAAAACCGCUACGACCAACAAAUGUUGUAGAGAGAAGUGAACGGUCCCUGUUUUGUUUAACAUUAUCGAACCCAAUUCGAAAAGCUUGCAUAAGUAUAGUUGAAUGGAGACCAUUUGAAUGGUUGAUCUUAUUUAUGAUAUGUGCAAAUUGUAUUGCAUUAGCUGUAUAUCAACCUUAUCCUGCUCAAGAUACAGAUUCAAAAAAUGUUAUUUUGGAAGGCGUAGAGUAUAUAUUUAUAUUUGUAUUUACUAUAGAAUGUAUUUUGAAAAUAAUUGCGUUAGGUUUUUUGUUUCAUCCGGGCGCGUAUCUUCGCAAUGCUUGGAACAUUCUCGACUUUAUCAUCGUCAUUAUCGGUUUGAUAAGUACGGUGUUGUCAAGAAUGAACAUCCAGGGAUUCGAUGUAAAAGCGUUAAGAGCGUUUCGGGUACUGCGGCCGCUUCGUCUUGUUUCUGGAGUGCCUAGUCUGCAGGUAGUGUUAAAUGCUAUUUUGCGGGCAAUGAUACCUUUACUUCAUAUCGCUUUGCUUGUGAUGUUUGUAAUUAUUAUUUAUGCAAUUAUUGGUCUCGAAUUAUUUGCUGGAAAAAUGCAUAACACUUGCGUUGAUUCACUUACUGGACAAUUAGCGCAGAAGGAACCGUCACCUUGUGCUUCGAGUCCUGCAAUUGCUAGCGCUUUUCACUGUGAACCUGAUGGCUUGGGUGUCGAAAAAGGCCAAUGGGAAUGCAGGAAUGCGAAUGAGACAUCGUGGCAAGGUCCAAACAAUGGAAUUACCAACUUUGAUAACUUCGGUCUAGCUAUGCUCACCGUUUUUCAAUGCGUUUCAUUGGAAGGAUGGACUGAUGUCAUGUAUUGGAUCAACGAUGCGGUAGGACGUGAAUGGCCCUGGAUUUACUUUGUGACUUUGGUGAUCUUGGGCUCUUUCUUCGUGCUUAAUUUGGUUUUGGGUGUUCUUUCUGGAGAAUUUUCUAAGGAGAGAGAGAAAGCACGAGCUCGAGGACUUUUUCAAAAGUUUCGAGAGAAACAACAGUUAGAGGAAGAUUUAAAGGGAUACUUGGACUGGAUCAAUCAAGCCGAAGAUAUGGAAGAGCCGGUAAAUGAUGAUGAACCUGACGAAGAUCAACAAUUUGCAGGUCAAGAAGCCGAUGAAGAAGGUGAGCCAAAAUUUGAUGAAACUAAGUUGCCACUAUGGAGUAAACGGUUUAAAAGGUUUCAAAAGUUGAACAGACGCUGUCGGCGGUGGUGCAGAAAGCUCGUUAAAUCACAAACUUUUUACUGGUUAGUCAUUGUACUUGUGUUGCUCAAUACGCUUGUCUUGACCUCUGAACAUUACAAGCAGGAACCGUGGCUAGAUCAUUUUCAAACUGGUGCAAACUUGUUUUUUGUUGUAUUAUUCUCAAUUGAGAUGCUAAUCAAGAUGUAUUCGCUUGGGUUUACUGCAUAUACCACCUCACAGUUCAACAGAUUUGACUGUUUCGUCGUUAUUAGUUCAAUUAUCGAAUUUGUAUGCGUAAGAUUAAAUUUAAUGAAACCACUUGGAGUGUCUGUGUUACGUUCUGCCAGACUGUUGAGGAUAUUCAAAGUGACAAAAUACUGGACUUCGCUUCGAAAUUUGGUCUCUUCUCUUCUCAACUCUCUACGAUCUAUCAUGUCACUUCUACUACUACUUUUUCUGUUUAUUGUAAUUUUUGCUCUACUUGGAAUGCAGGUAUUCGGUGGUAAAUUCAACUUUGAGCCAAUGAAGCCUAAACCUCGAGCUAACUUUGAUACAUUUGUACAGUCUUUACUUACAGUAUUCCAAAUACUGACUGGUGAAGAUUGGAACUCAGUGAUGUAUCAUGGCAUUGCUUCAUUUGGUGGGGUUGGUUCUAUUGGUGUGUGCGUAUGCGUGUACUUCAUUGUUCUUUUCAUCUGUGGUAACUAUAUCUUGCUGAACGUCUUCUUGGCUAUCGCUGUCGAUAACUUGGCUGACGCUGACAGUUUGACAAAUGCCGAAAAAGAAGAGGAACAAGCAGAAGUUGAAGAUGAAGGAGUGGAAGAAGAGUAUGAAGAUGAAAAGUACGAUGAAAAUGAGAAUGAUGAGAUCAGAGACGACGCUAGGAUUAGCGAAUGUUUCAGAAUAAUGGAGGAUGAAAAAGAGGAGGUUGAAGUUGGCGGAGCACGUCCUAGACGUAUGUCGGAAGUUACAACCGUUAAACACAUGAAACCUAUUCCAAAAGCAUCGUCACUGUUUAUACUGUCAUAUCAAAAUCCAUUUAGGGUUGUAUGCAAUAAAAUUGUAAAUCAUUCUUAUUUUACAAAUAGUGUUCUAAUAUGCAUCUUGAUAUCCAGUGCAAUGUUAGCUGCUGAAGAUCCGUUGAAGGCACAGUCUUUUCGGAAUAGAGUAUUGAACUAUUUUGAUUAUUUUUUCACCGCCGUAUUUACGCUAGAAAUCUCGCUAAAAGUUGUUGUAUACGGGCUUGUCUUUCAUAAAGGCUCAUUCUGUCGUAAUGCAUUCAAUCUUCUUGAUAUUCUUGUUGUUGCCGUAUCUUUGGUUUCAUUUAUUCUUAAAUCUGACGCUAUAUCUGUAGUCAAGAUUCUUCGUGUUCUUCGAGUGUUGAGGCCUUUGCGUGCUAUCAAUCGUGCAAAGGGAUUGAAGCAUGUAGUGCAGUGUGUGAUUGUAGCCGUAAAAACUAUCGGCAAUAUCAUGCUUGUUACCUUUAUGCUCCAAUUUAUGUUUGCCAUUAUCGGGGUACAGCUUUUUAAGGGAACAUUCUUCAGGUGUAAUGAUGAGUCUAAAAUGACUGAACUGGAAUGCAGGGGUGAAUUCCUACAGUAUGCUGAUGGUGACCCAACAAAACCACAGAGAAUGACGCGUGAAUGGACGAAGAACGAUUUCAACUUUGAUAAUGUUAUGGAUGCUAUGAUAUCACUGUUUGUCGUUUCUACGUUUGAAGGAUGGCCAGACCUACUUUAUGUGGCAAUCAACUCAAAUGAAGAAGAUCGAGGUCCUGUGUACAAUGCACGUCAAGCCGUCGCAAUAUUUUUCAUAGCAUUUAUUGUUGUAAUUGCGUUCUUCAUGAUGAACAUUUUCGUCGGUUUCGUUAUCGUCACUUUUCAGAAUGAAGGUGAAAGAGAGUACGAGAAUUGUGAACUUGAUAAAAACCAGCGAAAAUGCAUUGAAUUUGCUUUGAAAGCAAAACCACAGCGGCGUUACAUACCGCAUAAUCGAUUUCAAUAUCGAGUUUGGUGGUUCGUUACGUCACAAUUUUUCGAAUAUGGCAUCUUUAUUAUUAUCCUAGCGAAUACGAUAACUUUAGCACUGAAGCAUUAUCCACCACAUAAAAAAAUGGAAGACGUUCUGGAUUAUCUAAACUUAAUAUUUACUGGUGUAUUUGCAUUAGAAGCAUUCUUCAAAAUGAUUGCAUUAAAUCCAAAAAAUUAUUUUGGCGACAGGUGGAAUGCAUUUGAUUUUGUCAUUGUUUUGGGAUCUUUCUUGGAUAUCGUUUAUGGCAAGUUGUCGCCAGGAGGUAGCAUUAUCAGCAUAAAUUUUUUCCGUUUGUUUCGUGUAAUGCGUCUUGUAAAAUUGCUCAGCAGAGGAGAGGGUAUUCGUACACUAUUGUGGACGUUUAUGAAAAGUUUCCAGGCGCUUCCUUACGUUGCAUUGCUCAUUGUUUUACUGUUUUUCAUUUAUGCUGUAAUCGGAAUGCAGGUCUUUGGAAAGAUUGCCUUGAACGAUGAUACGGAAAUACAUCGGAAUAAUAACUUUCAUACUUUUCCUGCUGCGGUUCUCGUGUUGUUUCGUUCUGCAACUGGUGAAGCAUGGCAAGACAUUAUGCUAUCAUGUGCUGAUCGAGAGGAAGUGAAGUGCGAUCCGGCAAGUGACGAAGGAUCGAAUAGCACGUCAACGAUACUUCCGAGAUGCGGCGUCAACUUUGCUUACCCAUAUUUCAUAUCAUUUUUCAUGUUGUGCUCAUUUUUGGUUAUUAACCUGUUUGUGGCUGUCAUUAUGGAUAAUUUUGAUUAUUUAACACGUGACUGGAGUAUUCUUGGUCCACAUCACCUGGAAGAGUUUGUUCGCUUAUGGUCUGAAUACGAUCCUGACGCCAAGGGUAGAAUUAAGCAUCUUGACGUCGUUACCUUGUUGCGAAAAAUUUCUCCACCUCUUGGUUUUGGGAAGCUUUGUCCACAUAGGCUUGCUUGCAAGCGCUUAGUUUCGAUGAAUAUGCCAUUGAAUUCCGACGGCACCGUAUGCUUCAAUGCAACGUUAUUCGCCUUGGUUCGUACAAAUUUGAAAAUAUAUACUGAAGGUAACAUUGAUGAAGUUAACGAGCAGUUGAGAGCAGCGAUCAAACGAAUAUGGAAACGUACACCGCAAAAGAUGCUAGAUGAAGUCGUCCCACCUGCCGGAAGAGACGAUGACGUGACGGUUGGAAAGUUCUACGCAACUUUCCUCAUUCAGGACUAUUUUAGAAGGUUUAAAAAGCGUAAAGAAUUAGAAUCAAAAGGAAUAACUCCACAGCCAACAUCGCAAGCUAUGGCUUUACAAGCAGGUUUAAGAACUUUGCACGAAAUUGGGCCGGAAUUGAAGAGAGCUAUUUCUGGGAACUUAGAUGCUGAUUUUGCUGCCGAUCUCGAAGAACCUCAGCACAGAGUAAGCAUUACUUUUAUUUCGUUUGUAUAUACGACUUACCAAAUAAAAAAAAAUUAA